UCGAAUUCGCCGGCUCAUCACAAUUUUAAUUCGUAAUUAAUUAAAUUCGCGUUGAUUUACGCCGGAUUUCCCCCAAAAUCACUCGUCGGGCCGUCACAACAACGAAUAAAACAUUAAACAUUCGGUAAAUAAUUAUUUAAUAUCAGUUUUUGCCAAAAUCCGUCGGCUGUGAUAUCGCUUUGGCGGUAAAAUUCCUGGAAGUGGUGGGUUACACGGGACCUGCGCAAUACCGAUUCCAAACCGGCGCAGGCGCAGUACGUCACCCUCCCCACUCGGCGGUGACGCAGGCGCAGUGGGCCACUCCCCUUCGCACCCAGGCGCGUGCGCGAGGGAGGAUGAUGACGCCGGUCGCGUCGGGUAAUGCGCAGUAGUCAUCGCGAUCGUGUGAAUUUUGCCGGCUCGUCGGUUUUGUGAGUCGUAAUAAAUUAAAUUCGCGUUGAUUUUCGCCGGUUUCAUACUAAAAUCACGUACCGUGUCGUAAUAACAAUGAACAAAGCCCUGAACACUCGGUUAAUAAUAAUUUAACAACAUUUUUUGUGAUAAUUCCGGUGGAAUGUCGAUGUGGUGUUGUUUUCGGCGGUAAAAUUCCUGGAAGUGGUGGAAUACACGGUACGUCUAGUGCUGACGACGAGGUAAACGUUUUAUUUAACAAAAACACGUCUGGAGGCCUCAAUUAUUGAUUAACAAACACGAAAAAUUAAUCGUGAUAAUUUAGUGCCGGGAAAUUAAUUUAUUUUCACGUAUUCAAUUCCUGGAAUUCGAGAGUCUUUUGUCUGAGCCCCGCGCAUGCCCAGUAGACUCCUCCCAUCAGGCGCAUGCGCGGGUCGCGGGGGGGACGCGGCCGCCAUUGCGUGAUGCGCAGUUUCAUUGUUCGUUUCGAUUUCGCCGGUUCCUCGCGAUUUUAACUCGUGAUAAAUUAAAUUCGGGUUUAUUUCAACGAUUUUCGGGAUAAAAUUCAUCGAUCGGUCGUGAUAAUAAAUAAUAAAACGUUGAAAUAUCGUGGGAUAAUGGUUUAGUGUCAGUUUUCGGGGAAUUCGCGAGUGAGUGUUGUGAGUGUUUUGGUGAAAUUCGUGGUAGUGUGGAUCAUGUGGUGCCUCUAACACAACGACACUGGUACGUUCGUCAACAAGUGGUCAAAACAUUGUAACUCACCUGGGUGAUCGUCGACAGAGCAGAGGGUGUGAUAAUAAAUUGAUUGAGAGAAUGGAUACGGAUGACGAGGAUGUUUUUGCUGUUAAUGAGGAUGAGGUGGUGAUUGAGAUUCAUCAACAGUCAAAUCCUGUUGAGGAAAACUUGAUGAAACAGCUGAAUGAGGUUGAGGAACAGAUCGAACGUGGGAAUAAACAAAUAAAUGAUAUUCAGGUUGUUACUGAUAAAAUUGUUGAGAAGCUCUACAGGAAGACGUUGUAUUAUAAUCCUGAGGGCUCUGAGUCAGACAGUGAUUGUGAGCAUUACAAUGAGUCUGGUGUACCAGUGUCGAAGCGCCAGAGGAGAAAAAAAAGUGUUGGAAUUCAACCGUUAGUGAUAACAAGUGUGUGGCAACGAGUAAUUGAUAACAAAUGGAUUAUUGGAGUUGAUCUUCACAACAAGUCAUCCCGGAUAUUGACGAGUCCAACAGUCUACGUCAUGAUAAAGGAUCAGGAGGAAUUGAAGGGUGUCACAUGCCUCUGGGACAUCAUCGAGGGUUCACUGUGGAGAAGGACAGAUGUUGUGCCUCCAGGUGAUGAACAUACGGUGGCUACUGUGGUCCUGGACAUGCCGACGUUUCAGGACUCGGAUAUUGUCGAGGGACAUGGGAUCAUCAGCUAUGAUAUUGAUGGGAGUCACCUCCAGGUGCCAAUUGAGGGCUUCUCCAUGACAGCGGCACAGGCUGUUGAUAAGGGAAUGACACCUAGACAUUCAGCUGAUGUUGGGAAGAGUAUUCUUGCGAUUAAGGCAGCAUCGGUGGAGAGGAUCGUUAGGAUUCCCCUGGGGCAGGAUCUUGGGGAUAAAAUCAUGGGGUUCUUGGAGAUUAAUGAAUUUACGGAGAUAUUACCGGAUGUUCAUGUGUCGAAGCAGACGGAGAUGUUCAGACAUUGUCUGAUUGAAAUAUUACUUGAUGAGGAUGAGGUCAAGUUGAGAAUUUUUGCGAGAACAACAUCACAAGUAAACAUAAUUACCCACCUCCUGAGGGCGACAAUUCCACAAAUGACAGAAGAAAAUAAUCACGACAAAUUACUCCAGGCAGCGAUGGCACUAGAACGAGAGAUCGAAUUGCGAUUGGAGGGUCUGAGUCCACGUGAUAUUGUCAACGCCAGUUUAGUCACUGACUUACUCAUCCCAGAAUAAUAAAUUAUAUAAUUAACUAUUCAUAAAAAUAAAAUUUUCAAUUGUACUCAGGAUGUUCAUAAAACUCAAAAUAUAUUUUUCAAAUUAUUUAUUUUGUUAAACUAUAUAAAGCACAUAUUUUAUAAUAGAUGUUGCGAGUGAGUAGAGUGAGUUUGAGUGAGUGUGUGAGUUAAUGGAACUCGCUGAGCACUUUUCUUAAUUUUUUUUUUUGUUUCAUUUAUUAUUUCGAUAAAAAAUAUCAUCAUUACGACCGGCACAUUGUCGCACCCUUUCAAUCACCAGUGAUAUUUGUUAAUUAGUGGCUCUGGUAUCCCUGAAGCUCUUGGCAUUGGCCAGCCACAAUAUCAAGUGUUAACAAUUUUUAAUUAAAAUAUAUGGUAUUUUUUUCAAUGCAACAACUCGAUCGAUGUUCAUCUACACUUGAAAACAAUAGGGAUUAAUAUAUAUUGUUAUUAUUUGUAUUAAAACAUCACCAAUUAUCUCAAUCAAUCAAUGAUUUUCGUCAAUUCUUAGUUAACAAUUUGUAUCCAAUAAUGCCGAUCAAUGAUGACAAUUCAUAUCCCCUUUCACCACAUUAGGCAACAUUACAACUCAUCGAUUUUAGGUUUUUUUUUUUUUUGUUUUAUGACGUUAAAAAGAGGUAGAUGAGUAACGGUGAUAGGAUUUUAUUUCAAUUUCUCUUGUUUCUCAAAUGCUGAUGAAUAAUAAUACUAAUACUCGGCCGUUAUCUUCAACGUAACACGUGGUUUUUUUUUUUUUUUUUAUAAUUCUCACCGGUUGUUGGGUACCAGAUCGUUCAGCAUCGCAGAUUGCAAGAGAGAUAAUUAUAAUGGAGUUUACUUUGUUUUUACAAUUUAACACUGUUAAAAAUAAGAGAGGGAAAUUUUUGGUGAAUGUUUUGCGUCGUUGAAUUUAAUUCCCAGGAAUUUUUAUCGUUAGAAUUCAAUGGAAAUUGGGAAUUUAACGUUAAGUAUUUCACGAAAAUUUAGAUAAAUCAAUGGGAAUCCAUUGGAUUUUUAAUAUUAACAUUUAUUUAUAAGGUUUGGAUAAUCAGAGGGAAUUUAUUUGUAAAUAUUUUUGGGACCAUUGAAAAUUGAUAAUUAUUCACUUAAAAAUUAUAAUUCAACUGCUCCUUAAAUUUCCAUAUUUUUUUUUUAACAGUUACCAUUAUGGUUUAUUUUAGUCUGGAUGAUUCAACGAUUCGGUGCGAUGCGGGUCCCACAAGGCCCCCUCUGUUAUUCCUCUUUACACUCUAAUUAUCGUUACUUAAUGGCUCAGUCUAUCUAUUAUCGCAAAUAUCACUAAUUUUUUUUUCCAUAUAACACUAGUAUGGCAAGUAUUUUUCAUCAUAUAGUUUUUUUUUUUUUAUUUGUUAUCAUUCCCUCCUGAGGCUCUCCAACGUGCAUUUUAUUCUGGUUAUCAGCCACAAAAGAUAAUUUUUCAGUUUUUCUCGUGAUGAAUUUAAAAUAAAUGUCUGACAGGAUGAGAACAGAUGAUUUUUUUUUUCUUUAACUAUUUACAGUUUUCUAAUUCCGUUAUUGCGAGGGGAUAAUUCGUUAGGCCAUUACCUUCGAACAACAUUGUGUGCCUAAUUAUCCUCGUUCAUUCGCCCUUAGAAAUUUCUCACACUCGAUAUUUUUUCUCCUCACGUUAGAAAACAAAUGAUUUAGCUAAUUGUUACUGAUUACGUUUCAUCGACUGGUUAAAAUCGGUUUCUCUAGGUUUUUCUGGUUUUUUUUUGUGCUCAAGCUCAAGCGAAUUGCAAUUAAUUUUCUCCAGAACGCAGAGUUUUAAGUCUCAGAGUCAUUCGUAGGUUCAUUCAGACAUUUUUUUUAGGUCUAAUUACACGUUCGAUGCACACGAGUGACGAAUGAAAGAAUUCGUGGGGAGGAAUUGGGGAUUGAGUUAAUGAGAAAUUGUUUGUUAAUUGUCAGUUCUUUAGCACUCGUGGGUGAUGCUUUACACGUAGAAAAAUAAAUCGUAGAAAAUACAUAGGAAAUUCUGUCUUCGUACAAAGCACAGGCGUUCAACGAGGGCUGAAGAGCUGAUUGAGAAACACUAAUUGGUGUCUCAGGGAGUUUAGGCUAAUGGGGAAUGGGUCCAUUAUUUUUUUUUUAAGAACAAAUUGACUUUUGAGUCGAGUAUUGUGUGAGAAUGAACGAUAAUCAGGGCUUUGUUAUUUUAAAUUAUUGGUUAAUUGACAGUUAAAGUGAAUCUGGAAUUGAAUAUUCGAUUUUUUAUUGUAAAUUUACGUCUUUUCAAUGUUGACACGUGAUAUUUAUCUGUUAACUGGGUAAUCUACCACAUGUGAUGGACUUUCCAAAAGAAAGUUCUGCAUUUUUAACCUUUCGGGAGAAUUAUUUCGUUAUAAUAAAUAUAAAUCACUGAAACAAAGUGAUUUAUUGUGUUUAAUUGUCAAAUUUAUAUUCCAAAUUCAUUAGAAAUUCCAUCCUCUUGACGUUGGAAUUACUUUUCCCACACGUGUGACUUAUAAUCAAAAUAAAAACUUUCAUUUUCUUCAAAUUAAUUCCCCAGUGACAUUUAUUCUCCCAAAAUACGUCGUAAUACCAAAAAAUCAACGAAAAUUAUUUUUUAUUUUUCAUUUAUCAGGAAGAGAAUAUUAUUUUUUUCAUUCGUCACUCGUUCCUCAUCCCAGGAACAUCGUUCUACAUUGUGAAUAAUUUUUCAAAAUUAUUAAUCACUUCAUCUUUCGUAUUUUGACCUCGAAAAGAGCCAUUUUUUUUUGCGCAAUCAGCUUAAUCUAUCACAUGCCCCCUCGAAGACAUUAUCAAUAGGUUAAGUGCCUGGGAUUUAUAAUCACCGAUUAUUCCCUAGACCUUUAUUACUGCUGAUUGCCCUAAAAUCCCAGGCACAGGUCCCCGCAGAUAGAGGUGGAGGUGGCGAGAGGCCGCAGGGAUUAACAUACUUUGUGGUAUUUGUUGUUAAUAUAAUUUUUUUUUCAAUUUAUUAUUUGUCCAUCCUAUUUUGUUUAUGUACACGCUUAUCUGUGCACCAGUGCAUACGGGCAUUGUUGAUCUAAAUGCUGCAGCUGAGGGGAUUUUUUAACAAUUUUUACUACAACACUCCGCGUACACAAAAGCACACAGAUACACUUUUUCACUUUUUUUUUCUUUUUCAAUGGUUUUUUUUUUUGUUUACUAUUAUAUAGAUAUAAAUUUACAGCGGUUAGAAAAUGAUCGAUUCUUCAUCGUAAGGCUAGAAUCCCUUCUCUACUUUUGCUUAUUUAAUUAAAAAUUUUUUUCCCCCUUUGAUACUCGAUUAUUUUAUACUUUUUCUGGUUUACUUUUGGUUGUUUACUCAGCCCGUUCACGAGUGAAAUAAUUAAUGAUGUUCCAGGGAACAUUGUUAUAAAUAAAAUGUUGUAGAGAGACUCAAUAAUUUUUUUAGUAAAUUGGGAAGAUUUUUGGGCCUUUGGCUCAUUUUUUAAAAAUGUUUUUAAUUAUAUUUUUAAUGAUCCAGAGAAAAAGGGAAGAGUUUUAAAUUUUUUAAUGUUUUUCAUUCA